AUGUCUGGGCACCUCACUGACGCAAAUUUAUUUGUAUUUCGAGGUAAUGAAUCUGACGAGGAUACUGAUACGAGCACUUUGUUAGAGUCGCCGGAGUCAGCUUCCAACAGAAGUCUACUUCAAUCCACGUACCAUGUUUUAAAAACACAAAAACUCAGCGUAGCCGAGGCAUUGACCGUGUGGGAGCUCCGAUUGGUGCUCUUGAUGUUUGAAAACCAGCUUAUUGCGGCGAAGAAGGAGGCGGUCAACUUGAAUAAUGCAUUGUACCUUGCGGAAAACCCCAAUACUCAACCUCAAGCGCCUCUAGUCAGAUCGACAUUGGCGCGAGCAGAUUCUACCUCAAGUCGACAGUCAGCAUCUUCAAGUCCAGCUAAUGUGGUGUAUCCGCUUCCAAAGAACAACGAUGGCGCAAUUGAGUUUUCUCUUCUACUGCUUAUCUUGAGACUCAAGCUGGCCCCCAACCUAUCUUUGGUAAACGAAUUGUACAAGUUAUGCUACCAGCUUCGACUUAAGGGCUCAGUUGGCGAGGAGGCAGAAAUACAGAAGAACUUGAGGAGCCUAAGCUACGAGAUCAUCAUGGUGGUCACCAUCACCAGAAACUACUACACUUUAUUGUCAUUUCUCAAAUCACUUGAAUCAGAUCUAUUAGCUCAACAGCAAAAGCUUGAUACCGUAGACGCUACUCAUUACGCCUCGAAUGUCUCGUUGAUGAUAGUGUUAGCUUAUUUGCUCAUUCUACAGGGCCUGGACAAGUCCGAAGCUACUCAGACGGACUUGCGCAAACGGUUUGAUGAUCUCGAUGACUUUACGAAAAGCUGCUUUGUGAACGUUCUUCGAACGUAUUCGCCAAUGGUAAGUGAAGGUGCUGGUCCUGCUGUCGGGCCCCAAGAGGAGGUGACUUUUGAUGGAGUUGUAGAGUUGGUGAAAGCAGGCAAGCUUACGGGCCGUAUUACCUGCUGCACUUUGGCUUCAUUUGAAAUCGAGAACAUGUACCAUGCGGCAUUUGAGGAGCUGACAGUUGACGAUACAUCAGGUAAACGGUUGGUUGCAAAAGUGGUUCCUCAACUGCACUCCAAGUUUGACAGAGCAUACGCUCGUGUGAUGGGACAAUGGGGCAAUUUUAUCCAUAAAGUCUACGGAAUCGAGUGA